UGUCAAGGGAGCCGGGCAAGAACGCCGGCCUCGCAAACUGACAGUCGUUUAGCUUAUACUACAUAUUAGAAUGAAGGCAAAGUCAACAAUAAAACGCCAUCAUUGGGUUUGACGGAUUCUUCUCGCAUCUUUACCGCUACUUGUGUAGUGGCGCAGCCUGACGCUCAACCGACCCCUCGUUUCAUAAUAAUACUGCUGGUGGUUUACGGACUUGUCACUGAUUCGCUCAGUUGCACCGGAAGUUGAACACUUUAGCCGAACCACUCUUGUGACAAAUUUCAAUUCGAUACUGCCAGCCGGGUUUUCAUUGAGCUCCUCGUUCGAUCGCCCUGUUCAAGUUCUUCCCUCACAGCACCUUAUAACGACCGACGCCGCCGCCAGCACGCGUUGUCUCCAUACCCAGGUAUACCCACCCCCAUCGACCAAGUUGGAUAAAUCCAUGGCACAGACAUCUCCUGUCGUGGUGGCCGGUUCCUCACUUCAGAUAUCCCCAAACCUCGAGGCCCUGCUCCAGUACGACGAGUUAACCCGUCACAGCAGCUCACCGACAAGCUCGCGUCCCUCCCUCGCGUCUACUUCGUCCGAGUUCCCAUUUAGUCUCCCUCCCCCACCCCCGCGUAACUCUCAAUCGAGUAGGAAGGUGACCACCCCGGAGACGGUGAGCCCCAAGAGCGCGGGACGGCGACGAGGCGUCAAGCUCAGAUCAGACUCUUGGCCCGAUGCUCUUCUUGUCGCUAUGCCGGACUCUGCAUCCCCGGUCGAAUCAAAUACCACAUCUGCGACAAGCAUACCCAAUCCUUUUAUUAAUCCUACACCCGUCGUUGCCAGGUUUGACAGCGUGAUAGAUGAUGGAUUAUCCACUCCCAAGCCGGGUGACGUGUUUGUACCCACGGAGUCGCCUACUCAGGCUUCACCAAAUGAGCUUGUUGUAUCAUCACCCGAGUCUUACACCUCGCAGUCAUCCACUUGUCAUCGCGCCUCCCCCGCGUUGCACAAGGUAGAGAAGAUGCUGAGCAAGGGGAAAGAUUCGUUAGCCAUGUUCGCGACUGCAGCCACGCCGGGCAGCCUGAAACAGAAGUCGGAUAGCCUAGAUGUUGGCCGCAGGCGCUAUCGUGCUGAGACCAUGGAUGCGGACAACCUGCCUGCAAUGAGACGCUACUUGACAGGGACUCCCAGGCUGGGUACGUCAACCGCUUAUGGCAAGGGUGGUGCCAGUUCCCCAGACACUUCUACAAUAACUCGACCUUAUCCCACUAAAAUCAAGCGGUCGUCGGGAUCAGCUGGACGAUACACUGGUUCUCCACUGCCCUUAACGCAUCCUGCAAUGUCUGAUAAGGCCUCAACCCGUUCACUGUCAAUAUCAUCAUCUACUUCUUCAUGUUCAUCGCUUAAUGUCACUGCGAACCCGGCUCGUACAUACCCCGCAUCGUCAUUACCCAACUUACCGCUUUCAUCCAUGACAUCUGGCAAAGAAAGACAGCAUGAAGGCAGCCGACGCGAUAUGGAUAAUGAGAGUCGACAUUCAUUCAUCGAUUUUUAUUCUCCCUCUUACGCGGACGGCAUGAUUUCUUGUUCCGAACACGGUGAUAACAGCAAGAAGGAUCCACCUUCCCGCAAACAACAACUCAACCUUACCAUUCCCUCCAACGACAUCUACGGGACUUCGACUGGAAAUCCUUCCUUAGUUUCCCUAGCUACCAUGACUUUUGCGCCUCCCAGUCCUGUUCCUUUUGGGGAGUCGCCGCUUCAACAAACCCCGAACUCUCCCUCGGCCUCUUCCAUUGCUCUUUCGGCCAUGAUAUUUGCGCCUCCAAGCCCUGCAACCGAAUUGCCAUCCUACGGAUUUCUAAGGCCAGAGUCUCCUGGUUCAGCCGCUACCCUUACCCCCAUUGAAUGCGCGCCGCCGUCCCCUCCAGCGGUCGGUCACCGGAGAAAGCGUGAGCUUGCCACCGCCUUCAAGAUGGCGUCCUUGCGUGUCGGGCGUAACCGAGGCGGAAAACGUUCUCUUUCGUUAUCUCCCCGUCCACCAUCUCAAAGCCUGGCUCCAAUGCCGCCUACAACUAACUUACUUGGACGUGAUGAACGCGCUGACCUCGUACGGCGCAAUCGCAAACUCGCACAGGUCUUCGGCCAGACACCAGGCCAUGACAUGUCUGCGUUAGAUCUUCAGGAGCCCCGACGGCUAAAAAUGCCGCCGCUAGCAUUAACUUCCUUGCUCGGAGCUGGGAAGCAGCGCAAUCACCGACAAGCAAUAUCUGUCUCACACGGUCCCGUGUCCUGUGAUGCGAAGACGGAGCCUUCGUCCCCGUGGCAAAUUGACGAUUCGUGGUCGCUGGGAGAACGGAGAUACUCUAUUCCACUGACACCUAGUUCGUUCACAUUCUAUUUUGAUGAUGAUACGUCCCGCACGGUUCCAACAAACGAUCAUCGUGGGGUGCAUAGCCUUAGAGAUUCGCCACUUCAGCGAAAUUCUUCAAGUUCAUUCAUAGACUUAUCUGACGACGAAGAAGUCUCACGUGGUGAUGAAGCUCCGGCUAUCACAGCAGACGGUAAUGGGAUCAGCGGACGCCGAACCAUCUCUCACUUUUCUUCCACACCGUCCCUUGUCGACAGUUUGGAUCCAGACAGACAAGCGGAAGGCGAGCGUCGGCGUAAACGGGAUAGGUUGGCCAAACUUCAUCGCUUUCUCGGGUCACGAAUUCCACCAGACCUCGUACUCGGUUUUCCGGCUGAACUUGAACCACAGCCAUUGUCAAGUUCGCCACCAAUGGAAUCUUUCCACGAUUCAUGGUUGCGCGGCCGCAAAGGGGGUGCAUUGGACCAUCACGAACACUUCGAUCGCGGAAAGGAAGAGCUUGAUCAAAGGGAGAAGGCACUGAACGUUAGGCGUGCGCAGAAGAUGGAAAAGGUAUUCGGUACGCCUCCUCCGCAAACUCUUUUCCACACCCGCCAGGGCCCCUCCACUCUACCGCACUCUCAACCGUCCUCCCCUACUGGGUUGACGUAUACCUCCAACCCUAAUCAAUCUGCGUACAAAGGAAAGAGUUCCCAUCGACCACCACUAUCCGAGUCUGUGACGUGUUUGCUGCCCAAGAGGCAAAGAUCCUCCAUUUCAAACCGCCGAGUAUCUAUUGCCCAAUCUUCGGUUUAUCUAGAUUACGAACAGUCUCUGAAUUCGCUAGUGGACAUAAUUGACAGGGAUGAUCGCGAAUCGCUUCUUGAAUUGCAUCGUUUCAUCAAUAGCGAGCUGCCAGACCUAUCCUUCGACAUGGAGCGUGUGGCAGACAAUAAACGACACUCGGUCACGAGUUCCCACAGAUCGGAGCGACGACACUCUCUCCCUAGCAGCGCGUCCAUGCUUUCACUGGCUUCUGAGUUCCAUUCCGUUCCACACGAGACAUCAGAAUUUCAAGUUCGUCGGCGGAGAGCAGCCAAGCUAACCAGUUUCUUUGGCGUUGAUUAUCGUGACCUGAUUGAUGAUAUUUUGGAGAGUAUCGAGAGAGGUGUGGAAGAAGAACAUACGAAAGGUACUCUACAGCCUGAGGAAGCCGAGGUCUUGCUGUACAAAGUUUGGUCUCUCAAGUCGACUCAGGGUCAACAAUCGUAGUCAAUUACCAAGCGGUGUUCUUUUUCUGUUUCACUAUUACUUAGCAUCCACGUGCAACGCCCAUGAUGUUUGUAACAUUCACACCUAAUUAAUGCAACUAUGGAAAUAUGGUGA